ACCUGGCGUUAGCUCCAUUUCCUUCUGUUAUUUUGUAUUCGACAGUUGGAAAUUACUAUCAUUUUCGAGGGAAUGUGCCAUCGCUGAUCUGACAACUGCCUAAGCGCUGUGCGAGCGGUUGACAUGUUUUGUCUUUUUUGCCAGGAAGGUUGGCACAGCGCGGUAGAAGUUGCAGUUAAAUUCCGAUCCCGUUAGGCUCCACCCCGCAUUUGCGUUGAUGCAUCAUUACAACCCAUUCCAAGCGUAGAAAAGAGCGUUUUCAAGUUACAGCCGGUCAUAGCAAGCUUUUCGGAAGGGGGUGUGUGAAAUUGUUGAAUCCUGGUGAAGGUUGUAAGAAACAGAAAACGAAAAUGACGACACCGCUGCCCAAAACUCGUCUGGGGAAGCGUUCGCCUAUGGGGGCGCUGGUGAUUGCCCCCUGCCACAUGACGGAGCUAUUGGCCAUGUCCACUGCUCCGCCCCACAUCACGCCCGAGCCCCGCCCAGUCUCCUGCUGCAUCGAUGUGCCCAAGAGCUACAGGAGCCCGGAGUCGGUGGACAUGGAUGAGAUGAUGGCUGCCAUGGUCCUGACCAGCCUGUCCUGCAGCCCGAUAGUCCAGAGCCCCCCUCAACGGGACCCCGCAACAGCGCCCGCUUGUAGGAUGGAGUGCAGUGGCGGAGAGCUGUCGGACAGCGGGAGCAGCGGCUACUGGAGCUGGGACCGUGGCAGUGGGAGCCCCGUCCCGUCCCCGCCCAUCGCCGAGACUGACAGCCUCCUGGCCCCUCCCCCCGACGAAGGCCUGGACAUGGAGAUGGAGCAGGUUCUGUUCGACGAGCCGGCACCACGGAAACGCAAGAACUCAGUGAAGGUGGCUUACAGGUGUCUGUGGCCGAAUUGUGGAAAGAUUCUGACGUCUGUGGUGGGGAUCAAGCGACACAUCCGUACCUUACACCUGGGACACAGCAGUGAGCCAGAGCAGUCUCGGAGGGAAGAGGAUUUCUACUACACUGAGAUCCUCCUGGAGAUGGACCCAACUGCUCCGCCCGCUGCACUGCCAGCCGUGCCUUCAGCUGCUCUUCCCGCCAACCCCGGCGCCCGCUGGACCUCCUGCACCUCCCCGCCCAGCCCCGCCCAGCAGGCCGCAGCGGGCCCUGGGCCUCGCACACCCGAGCCAGCUGCCCCUGGGGUCCUGCAGCCCAGCCUGCUCAGCCAGUCCGCCCCCAGCUGCUUCUGGCAGGUCCGCUCUGAACACUCCUACCAGGCGUGCCCCCCUGUCCAGGUGUUAGCGUCCCCGGUCUCCUGCCCAUGGACCCCACCUGCUGCCGUCCUGAACACCGCACAGGUGGCCCCGUUCCGUAGUCGCUCCAUCAGUGUGGGUGAGCAGUGGCUCCAGCAGCAGAACACCCCCAGCAGGCACCACCCUGCUGCCGCAUCCCCGCCCCGAAGCCACUGCGCCUCCAGGAGGGCCAGAGGCGAGGCAAAGAAGUGCCGGAAGGUGUACGGCAUCGAACACCGGGACCAGUGGUGCACAGCCUGCCGCUGGAAGAAAGCCUGCCAGCGAUUUUUGGACUGAACCAUGUGUGGAGGGAGGGAGAGACAGAGGAGAAGAAGCCCACCUCUUUAAUAAAGACUGAAUCUUGGUACGACCACGUGAACACCAUGGUUUUUUUUGUAACUUUUCUAACUUUUUUCCUUUUUUUACUAAGGUGAUUCAUGUUUUGAUGUCUGUUCUCCUAGAGAACUGUUUUUUACUGAGCAUACAGUGGGGGGUGGGUGGAGCAUAGUUUGGCUACAAGUCUAUAUGUGCCUGCUCCCUUUGGCUCACAGAAAUGCUACAGUCUUCCUGCCUUGUGGGGGAAAAGAGGCGUGUUCCACUUAAACUCAGCAAGCCACACCCAGGUCCCAUCGCCUGCAUUACGUGGUUGGCCCCACCUAGCAGGGGUUGCAACUGACAGCAGGCUCAGUCGUAGUCAUGACGUUGGAUAGUGUUGCCCCAGCAACCUACGCCAGUACAUCCAACUCUGACCUCUGACGGCUGUGUGGGUGUCUUUUGGCUGUGCCGUCCGUAAACGAGUAGCAAGGCUUUCAAAUUCUCGGCAGCUGACAGUUAGCUGGAGACUGUGGGGUCCGCAGGGUCUGGACAGGCCUAGGAAUGUACAAAGAAAACAAUGGACUUACAUGGCGAGAACAUACACGGUGAUCUGGUGGUCACGGUUACCUGCACUCUUGACAUGUCAGAGAGAGAGGCUACAGGAACCCCAAAAUGGGUGGAGCCAUCUGUACCAACGGGUCACUUAUUUGUACAAAUCAGUGUUUCCCUGGGCAACAAAGCCACUUUAUUGGUACAGUAGCCCCACCCAUCGUGUUAUUUGUGAAAUCUCACUUUUUCUGCAGCUCAAAUGGUGCUCACUCUGACUGAGCUUCUGUGUGUAAGCCAUUUAUACCUAGAGAUGUGGAAUUUUUACUAAAUUGGUAUUGAGAAAAAAAAGAUGUUUGUACUUUGUGAGCAAUUUAUAGGCUCAUUUAUUUGUAUUGUUUGUUACAUGUUUUAGGCAGCGUAUUUUUUACCAUGAAAAAACAAGUAUUUCUAAGAUGUAAACAUUGUUAUUGAAGUAAAAUGUUUUCCAUUUAUUGUCAAUGACGGAGCUUUAAUUUAACUUGAAAAAAAGUGGGGGAAUUUAUUUUUAAGCUUGUGACUUUUCUGAUGUAAGUAUCCAAACAAAUAAUUGUAUGUAGCUGAGGGGAAUUAUGUCCAAUAUGGCGGAUUUAGAACAGAUGUAGGAAAAGGGUUCAAAAAUUAUUUUGUCAUCCUAUCAAACAUUUCACAACCUGUUUUAUGAAAAAAAAAAAAGUUUACAAACGUAUGCUGUUCAUGCUGAAAUAUUUCAUAAUUUCUUUUAUGGUCUAAGUCGAUUCUAGCAGCGAUGCAGAUGGGUCUCAAGGUCACUUAAUUGAGUCUGCUGGAUUGAACAGUCUUGGUCUUUCAGGAAUGAACUAUCAUGCAGCUUUGAAUUGACGUAGAGGGAAAAGAGAACAUUCUCAAGGUUCGAGCUCUACCGUUUGCCUCCAUUGCAGAGAGACCAAUUAAUCAAAUGCAACAAAUGCAGCUGCUGCACCAAAUCCAAGCCCAAAUCAAAAAAUGCACUUGAGGUAGCAAGGGGUUCUCGGGUCUUCUCCAAAUGCAAGCUGCAGAGUAAGGAACUUGUCCACUGUUUAAACCCUGUCUUCCUGUGACCUUUCCCUCACUGCCAGUGUCUAUGUUAACAGUCACAAGCUUGCUGGCAGGUGAGGAGGUAUGCUCUGUUUUUUUAAAAAAUUUAGUGUUCUUUGAAGCUUCGUCAGAUUUU